AUGUGGACAUUAGAUGAUGGAAAAGCAAUUCAUAUCGUUAUUGAAAAAGUUAAUAAAAUGGAAUGGUGGAGUCGUAUAGUAAAAACAGAUCCUGAAAUAAAUACACGUAAAGUUCAACCUGAAAAUUCUAAAUUGUCGGAUUUGGAUGGUGAAACACGAGGUAUGGUUGAAAAAAUGAUGUAUGAUCAACAUCGACGUGAAGCUGGUUUACCUACUUCUGAUGAACAAAAGAAACAAGAUAUGCUUAAAAAAUUUAUGGAUGCUCAUCCAGAAAUGGAUUUUAGUAAAUGCAAAUUCAAUUGA